AUGGAAAAGAUAAACGUGCAAGCCCUUGUUGGCAUGGAAACAUGGGAGGAAACAGCUUUAGUUGCUGACAUCGGAAACCAGGCUCAAGUGCCUAUUGUUUCAUUUGCAUCAGUCGUUAUACCACCACUAAUGCCUCGGCAAUGGCCUUUCUUGGUACAGAUGGCUAGCAAUGUCAAGGAGCAAAUUAGAUGCACCACAGCUAUUGUUCGAUCAUUCGAUUGGCAAAAAGUCAUAGCCAUCUUUGAGGCUGACUACUAUGGUAGCGAUUCUGGAAUGUUUGUUGUAUUAUCUGAUUCACUGCAAGAUGUUGGUGUGGCAAUUGAAUAUCGUUUAGUUCUUCCACCAUUCUCCUCGCUAGAUGACCCAGAAAGCUUUGUUACUGAAGCGGUAGCAGAACAAUUGAGCAAAGAAUCUAGGGUUUUUAUAGUUCUUCAAUUGUCAUUAUCAAUGUCUGUUCGUUUGUUUAGAGAAUCAAAGCAGAUGGGACUUAAUGGGAGGGAUUCAGCAUGGAUAAUUAUUGACCCCGUCGCAAGCUUUCUGGAUUCUGUUAAUACUUCAGUUAUAUCCUCUAUGGCAGGUGCUCUAGGAAUCAAGACAUAUUUUACUGAAGACAGUAGGUCUUUUCUGCACUUCAAACACCAGUUUAGGCGAAUUUUUCAAUCAGAGUAUCCAGAUGAAGAUACCUCUGAGAUGGGAAUUUAUGCAUUACGAGCAUAUGAUAGCAUUACUGCCACUACAAAUGCCAUAAAGAGGACAGAAAGACUUGUCAUUGAAGAAAGUGGACCUGAAAAUAGGAGUGAUAACAAGGAAAUAUUGUCUGGUUUGGUGAAUUGGCCAGGGGACCUAAAGCGAGUUCCAAAAGGAUGGGCAAUGCCUACUGAUGCAAAACCUAUGAAGAUUGGAGUUCCAGGUAUACCUUUUUUUCAGACGUUUGUGAAGGUGGAUUGGAAUGGAGGUUCAAAUGAAUUGAGCUUUCCUGGUUUCUGCAUUGAUGUCUUCUAUGAGGUGCUAAACAUUUUGGAGCGAAGUUAUCCCCUACCUAAUGAAUUCAUACCCUAUAAUGGCACCUAG